GACACCUUUAAAUUUACGGUUCUUAUUUCCUCGACUCUCCCCUCGCGUCUGUAAUCUCGCCUCUAUUUGCUCGAUCUCUAUCAGAAAACAACCAUGGUGUGCGACAAGUGCGAGAAGAAGCUGGCGAAGGUAAUCGUGCCGGACAAGUGGAAGGAGGGCGCCAGCAACACUACCGAGAGCGGCGGCCGAAAGAUCAAUGAGAACAAACUCCUCUCCAAGAAGAACAGAUGGACACCUUAUGGAAAUACCAAGUGCAUGAUUUGCAAACAACAAGUACACCAAGAUGCAAAAUAUUGUCAUACUUGUGCAUACUCUAAAGGGGUGUGUGCCAUGUGCGGGAAGCAAGUGCUGGAUACAAAGUUAUACAAGCAAAGUAACGUAUGAUGACGUAGUGUCAUUUCUUGGAUCACAAUGUUUAUAAUUUCUUAGCUUGCUUGGUUUGCAGCGUGCUAUAGUUAAAAUUGCUUCAGACAAAGGCCACGUGGAACCGGUGAAUGGAUGUUGAUCUGUACCUCUUAUCAAUCUACAAAUGAUUGGACCCGUUGUUUGUGAGAUGAUUAGCAUAAUCAUAAUCCUAGUGGAAUCAGUAGUAUUUAGACCUAUCUUUUUUUUCCAAUAGAGUCUUCAUCGGGUGAGUCUUUAAAAUGUCCUUUUAUAUUUUAUUUGUAGAAAAACUUUAGUUCUAGUCAUGUUUUUGGGGUCAGCUCUGACCUUGGACAAGAUAACUCGGGUCUUUCAUUUAUGUUUCGUCAUGGUGACCUCAAGGUCGGGGGUGGAUUAUGGCCGCUCCUACUCAAGCUCUUGUAUGACUUCUCAUUCUUAUCCAAGAAUAUUGUCUUUGUGGUAA